AUGAUGUACCGACGGCUUGUUCACGUUCUUACUACUUCUCGUAUUUGUCGACAGUGUUCUGUCGGCUACAACGACGAAAAAGCCCGCAACCACGACGAAGAAGCCUGCGACCACGACGAAGAAACCAGCUACGACAACGAAAUUCGUCCAAUACUGACGAACACAGCUGCAGGCUGCAACCGAAUGCAUGUGAUUUGUACCGCACCGGCCGGCGGUACAAUUGCUUCAAUGGAGUUCAACAAACAGUUUGGAGGAGGAUAUGAAGCAAAAACUGUUACUGCACUGUUGAAAUGUAACGCGAAACAGAACUGGAUUUUCACAAAGGAUGGUGUUUCG